UGGGUGCUGAAGUAUUCUCUAACUAGAAGAAAGAAUCUGACAGCACAAUGUUGAAUUGCUUAUAUUGCUUUGAUGAUUUUGCAAGACAUCUUUGCCUUUUGUUGGAAAUGAAGCGCAAAUCUGUUCUCAGGCUCUUCUUCUUCCCUACUUUUCAGCCUUAACCCUAUUUGCAUCUCCUCCCCCUUCUUCCUUUUUUCUUUUCCUUUCUCCAUCCCCUUUAAGUUGUAAUUCAAUCUCUUCCAACUCAUGAUCUCUUUUCUUUUUUUGGCACUCCCUCCACCCUCUCUCUCAUUAGUUUAACUUGAGUUAAUUAGGAAUAGUAGGCAGCCCUCAAUCUGUUAUGUGUUAAAACAGAACAAUCCAAAACAGAGGCACAGACACAGCUACGUGAUUUCAUUGUCUAAGGGAGACAGAAAACCAGUGGGGAUUCUCUUAUCUAGACUAACAUCUUCCCAAUGGUUAAUCUAACUGGCUUUAAAAUCUACCGCAAAUGCAGAUCUGGGAUAACAAUCUUUCCCUGUUUCCUUUUCUUUCCUUUUUUUUUUUUUCAUUUCAUCAUUGGCAAGAAUGAGUGAAUUGGAUUGACAUGGAGGUGAUAGAGGAAGAGAAAUAGUCUACACGUCAAAAUGACAAUGUAUAUUACAUGGUUAACAGAAUGAGUGGUACGUGCAAUGGCUGCGGGUAUUUUCAUCUGCCGUGUUGUACAAUAAUCUCCUUUUUUUUUCCCCUAAGUGUAUCAUCAAGAUCACUCGCAAUUCCAUGCAGAUUAAGUGUUUGCUUGAAGGAUCUCUUUCUAAGAGGAAUAUCAUUUGAUAAAUGUGAAACUGAAACAAGUAUUCACUUGUUGCUAUUACUGAAUUGUGUAUAUAUAGAGGUCAUGCCUGGUAUUCUGACUGUAGUGCUGAUCACAGACCUUAGGGUACAGCGUGCUGAGGAAGUGAAAUAUAACAGAUCUAAGAAAUCAAGUCCUGAUUCUAAAGCUGCCUUCAAGUACGUGAAGAACUCUACAUUAAAUCUGGGCACCUGCCUGCUGAGAGAAAGCAAUUUUACAGGAACAUCCUCAAACUUCUCAACUGAAAACAUGAAGAAGCAAGGUUCAGACAGCAAUUCUACUACAGUUAUGCCAGCUCUGCCAGAACCAAUCAAAGAUCUGAAAAUUAAGUACACCAAGAUAUUUAUAAACAAUGAGUGGCAUGAUUCGAUCAGUGGUAAAAAAUUUGCAGUCUUUAACCCUGCAAAUGAAGAGAAAAUCUGUGAGGUUGAAGAAGGUGACAAGGAGGAUAUAGACAAGGCAGUUAAAGCAGCUAGAAAGGCUUUUGAGCUUGGGUCACCCUGGCGUACAAUGGAUGCUUCGGAGCGAGGAAGGCUCUUGAAUAAACUAGCUGACUUAGUUGAAAGAGAUCGGCUGAUUUUAGCUACAAUGGAAGCCAUUAACGGUGGGAAACUCUUUUCCACUGCCUACCUAAUGGACUUAGGUGCCUGUGUCAAAUCAUUACGCUACUGCGCAGGCUGGGCUGAUAAAAUCCAUGGGCGUACUGUUCCAAUGGAUGGAAACUUUUUUACAUUUACAAGACAUGAACCUAUUGGGGUGUGUGGCCAAAUUAUUCCUUGGAACUUCCCAUUGGUUAUGUUCAUGUGGAAGAUUGCCCCUGCCCUUUGUUGUGGAAACACCGUGGUUGUCAAACCAGCAGAACAAACUCCACUCACUGCCCUUUACAUGGGAGCCUUAAUUAAAGAGGCAGGAUUUCCACCUGGAGUUGUGAACAUCGUGCCAGGCUUUGGACCCACUGCUGGAGCAGCAGUUUCUCACCACAUGGAUAUAGAUAAAGUAGCUUUCACAGGCUCUACAGAGGUUGGCAAACUGAUUAAAGAGGCAGCCGGAAAGAGCAAUCUGAAGAGAGUUACCUUGGAACUUGGAGGAAAAAGUCCUAACAUUAUAUUUGCGGAUGCAGAUUUGGACACCGCGGUGGAAUUUGCGCAUAUUGGUGUGUUCUAUCACCAGGGACAGUGUUGUAUAGCAGGAUCUAGGAUUUUUGUGGAAGAGCCUAUUUAUGAUGAGUUUGUUCGCCGAAGCAUUGAAAGAGCAAAGAAGUAUACUCUUGGGAAUCCUCUGUUGCCUGAUGUACAGCAAGGCCCUCAAAUUGACAAGGAGCAGUAUAAAAAAAUCCUGGAGCUAAUCGAGAGUGGGAAAAAAGAAGGAGCCAAACUGGAAUGUGGGGGAGGUCCAUGGGGAGACAAGGGUUACUUCAUCCAGCCCACAGUUUUUUCUAAUGUUACUGAUGAUAUGCGCAUCGCCAAAGAAGAGAUAUUUGGACCUGUUCAACAAAUCAUGAAGUUUAAAACUAUAGAUGAAGUAAUCAAGAGAGCAAAUAAUACUACCUAUGGUUUAGCAGCAGCAGUUUUUACCAAAGACAUUGAUAAAGCAUUGACGUUUGCAGCUGCUCUUCAGGCUGGAACAGUAUGGGUUAAUUGUUAUAGUGCAGUGUCUGCUCAGUGUCCUUUUGGAGGUUUUAAGAUGUCAGGAAAUGGACGAGAAAUGGGAGAAUAUGGACUCCAUGAAUACACAGAAGUUAAGACUGUCACAAUCAAAAUCCCACAAAAGAACUCGUAAUGCUUCUUGAGGUGCAGAAUCUAACAGUUU